AUGCAGCUGCUUGUCUCAGCCGUCCUCUGCCUGCUGGGCUCCUGCUGCCUCCAGGGCACAGAGGUACGACAAUAUGAGUCAGUGCUCAUGGUGCCAAAUGGAGGCCCCUGGGGUUCCUGGGGGCACAAACAGUUUUGCCCCAGUGGCUACGCUAGGGGAUUUGAAUUGAAGGUCCAGCCCUACCAGGGGUUUUGGCUGUUUGCCGACGACACGGCUCUAAAUGGCAUCCGCCUGCUCUGCACAGAUGGCACAGUCAUUGAGUCCUCCGUGGGAUGGUGGGGAAACUGGACUGAGGCCCAGCUCUGCUCCAGCAACAAGCUGGUUUCCUUCUCCCUGCGUGUGGAAAAGUGGCAGUACUUUCGUGACAACACAGCAGUCAACAAUGUGAGGUUCGCCUGCUCAAACGGAACAAAGCUGGAGGGCUGGGGACUUUCAGGGGGUCACUUUGGCCCAUGGAGCAGCAACUGCACCUCUGGGGCUAUCUGUGGGCUCCAAACAAAGGUGGAGGGACCCCAGGGAAAGAGGGAUGACACAGCUCUCAAUGACCUGAGAGUCUUCUGCUGUCAGUAACCCAAGUCCCCACCAUAUGGCAGCAUCGACAAAGUUGUAGUGCAUUAAACCUUGAAUCUGUGCUUG